GGGAGCUGUCGGCGCCCAUUCUUAUCUGUUGUUAUCUGGGAAGGACCCGAGCCUCUUACUACGUUGGCAUCACACAAGAUCGUCCAUUGCUUUCCAUCGCUCAUUCCACGAUGAAGGUCUCGUUGGUUCUGUCGCUUCAUCUCUCGGCAGCCGCUCUGCUGCUGCCGGUGCAGACAGAUAGAUGCCUUACUCGUCACGAACGAUCCUCGCGUCGGCUUGCUUCCCUCGAUGGGCCCACGCCACCUUCGGGGCGCCACCAACUUGAAGCCGCAAGUCGUCAUGAGCACUCGCGGCGUCGUGGGCUUCAAAUGGAAGGGCAAGACGCACAGCAUCUUCAAUGUGAGCUUGGUUGCCACCGACCGACACACAGAGAGAAUAUGCUUGUGCGCAUGCGCAACUGUGUGUGUGUGUGUGUGUGUGUGUUUGAUGCAUUCAAUGCAGCGUUUCGACAGCUAUCCUGAGCACCUGGGAUGCUCCGUUCUGGGCGAGGUGAAAGCCGCGCUCACAGAGGACCGCACCAUGCAGAGGUGGAAGACGCAGGUACGGUACUGACCGACCGAUACACACACUUACGCACACACAACGUGUGCAUCGUCUGCUUGACUGAGUGAUGGGUGUGCCUGUCUGUCUGUCUGUCUGCCCGUGCUCAUGCACUCGCUGGUCAGGUGGAGGAUCUGACGCGCCUCUCCGGCAAUGACUGGGACGGCGAUCGCGACACGCGCUCCCUCGAGAAGGUGACUGCACGAGUGGAGGAUGGGUGCAUGUGUGUGUGUGUGUGGGCAUUCAUUGUCUGUGCGUCUGUCGGUGUUUGUUGGCCUGCGUGCAGGUGUUGGAGAGCGGGGAAUACUACCACAAGGAGCCAGACGGCACGUGGGUCGAGUACGGCUAUUUCGCUGACCUCGACAAGGACCGGGUUGUCAUGCUCGGCGGCGGCGAUGGCGACGGCGACGGCGACGGCGAGCUCUGGCAUGAGGGAUACGUCUACUCAUACCUGACCUUCGACGACUUGCUGAGCCACAAGGGGCCGCUGUACCGUCUGCUGGGGUGCGACGAGCCCGCCCCUCUGCAGACCGAGCGCCAGAUGGUGCAAGGCAUCAACGAGGCCUUGAUGGGACUGGGCUUCAAGAACCUGCAGGCCGUUCGGUCGCCAGAGGAGCUCGAGGCGCUGCUUCAGGAUGAAAAGCGAGUGGCCUUCUUUGCCGAGUCGGACGGAGCCGACAGUGAGGACCAAGACAGUCGAAUCACUGCGGAUCAAUCGCCGGCUGUCGAGAGAGACGACGAGCCGACGGAGGACACGCAGGCGCAGCAGCUGAUGGCCGACAGCAGCGACACAGAAGACACUGAGGGAGAGGAGGCCGAUGAGGGUGAGCCAGAGGGCAGCGAUGCCGACAUCCCCAGCGCCCUCGAGCCGAUGACCAAGGAGGACAUCAUGGACUUCGUUCUCGGGGGCACGGACGAAGAGGAGGAGACUCCGCGUCUCUUCCAAUUCUUCGAGGGCAACAUGGCCGGGUGGGAGAAGCUGGUGGCGAAACAUCCCAUCAACCGUAUCAUGACCGCCCCGACUGGCCCUCAUGCGCUUUUGUGCGUCAUUGCCCUCACCCCGGAGACCAUCGCGAACAACGAGGACUACAAGAUGGAGGAGCUCCGUGGGAUCAUCGACAAGAAGGAGCAGUACCUGAAUGAGAAGCGCUACGAUGACGUGCACCUGGCCUGCAGUGUCGACGGUGGGGAGGAGGCCUUCACCCGGUGGAUCAAGGGCGAGCACGAGGACCAGGCACUGCAGGACCUGCUGCACAUCCUGGUGGACAACAAGGUCAAUAUCUUCUACGCAGACUAUACAGAAGAUAUUGAGUCGUAGUCUGCGUAGAAGAUAUUGAGUCGUAGACAGGCAGACUCUUAGGUGGUGGGCAGGCAGGCAGGCAGGCAGGCAGCUGACAGGUAGGAGGGGCGAUAUGGCUUUCGUCCGUGGUGCUGAGACGGAGCGGCUGGUCGGUGUGGCGUCGUUUCGUCGUUUUCGACCGCUGACUGACUCGUGCUGGUUUUUGGGUGUGAGUGUGAUGCUGCAAGGGCAGUGCGGUGAUCCGUGUGUGGUCGAUGCGCCGUGCGUCCCCUUGCAGCGCAAUGCCAUGCAUCCCAUUUGCGGUGCGUGCGCUGGAUGGACGAGGGCACAUACAUCUAUAGACAGGUGAGGUGACAGGCAGGUUUUGUAGGUGUAAGUAGGGCAAUUAGGUCAGUUGGUCGUGAGUGAAAAGGUCAGACAGACAGACAGACAGGUGUGUUUUGGUGCAUUGCAUGGAAAUCAAAGGUUUACGUGUUGGCUGGACUGGAGGAAGGCGUCCGUGACUCACUCUUGUGCGUAUCGCAUCCCAUCAUAAAAAGAGACCGAUACAUGCAUCGGUGCGGUGCAUGAAUGGAUGAAAAGGAGGAGCCAGUCAGUUCAAUGAAUAUAUAUUCACGACACACGCAUACAUCAUGCCCCCAUCCAUCCAUCCGUGCAUCCGUCGGUGUCUUGUCUGUCUGUCUGUCUGUGUGUCUGCACUGAAUGUGUGGUGAGUGUGUGUGUGGUGAGUAUGAGACGGCCUCUCUCCUACGGCUCGCUUCGACCGGACGCUCACGCUAAAUCCUCCC